CAUUGUCGAAAUUUGAAAAAAUCUAAAAUUCCAGAGUAUAGUUUUAAACAGAAAUAACUAUUUCAGGAAUAUUGUUUGCUUAAAGGCUUUUCUAUGGAUGGUACCGAAGCCUUUAAAGAAUCAUUAGACAACAAUGAAGACGUGCAGUUAAAUGUAAAGAAUGAAGAGGAAGAGAUAGCAGUUUUAGAAGCUGAAGCCAAUUGCUUAAAUUCAGAAAAACAAGAAGCAAAAUUCAAUGAACGUGUUCCAAAUAUCGAUUUUCAGUGCGGUAUAUGCGACAUGACGGAAUCAGUCCAUUAUUACGGAAAAAGGCCACCAUUUCUAUACGGACUCCAACUUUUAGAGGACUCUUUUGUGAUGCGUGAUCCUUUUCAGCCGCCUCCCCUUCGCUGGAAACCUAAAUCGGAAUAUUUUGUCGUAAUAGGCGCCAAAUGUUCAGUGUGUCAAAAGAUCGUGUGCAAGGGGACGGAGUGUAGUUUUUACUACACAUGCACUUACUGUUUAAAUUGCGCAAAAAAUUGUCUAGAUGUAGCACCCAUGGAAGUUCAAGCUAAAUUAAGAAAACAAUUAGAACAGGACAAGUAAUAUUUAAUUUUUUUGAUUGAAAUAAAAACUUAU